CGCGCGUCCGGGUUUCGGGACGUUGGGGCGGAAGAUGAUCGUGCGGGCGAACCACUUCCUCGUGGGCUUCGCCGACAAGGACAUCUGCCACUACGACGUUGCCAUUAGUCCUGAGCCUAAGACAAGACGGAUCAACAGGGUUAUCAUGACCGAGCUGAUGAACAAGCACCGCACAUCCUCUCUCGGCGGUCAAUCGGUGGCUUAUGAUGGCAGCAAGAGCCUGUACACUGCAGGUGAGCUGCCAUUCACAGUGAUGGAUUUCUCCGUCAAGCUGGGGAAAGAACGAAGAGAAAUCGAGUACAAGGUAACAGUUCGAUUUGCCGCGCGGGCAAACUUGUAUCACCUGCAGCAGUUCCUAGGUGGCAGGCAAAGGGACUGUCCUCAGGACACCAUACAAGCGCUCGAUGUUGUGCUGAGGGAGUCACCUUGUCAGAACUAUGUCACUGUUUCUCGGUCCUUCUUCUCGGCAACGUUUGGCCAUCGUGACAUUGGUGGUGGCCUCGAGUGUUGGAGAGGGUUUUACCAGAGUUUGCGGCCCACGCAGAUGGGCCUGUCACUGAAUAUAGACAUAUCAUCGACGUCAUUUUAUAGGCCUAUCCCGGUGAUGGAAUUUGCUCGGGAUUGUCUGAAUCUGAGGACUGUAGAGGCAAAUCGGCCUCCUUCUGAUAGGGACCGUCUGAAGCUUAGGAGAGCACUGCGAGGGGUUCGUGUUGAAACCACUCACCAAGAGGGAAAGAAAAGUAUAUACAAGAUAACCGGGAUUACUUCUGACCCUCUGGUUCAGCUCAACUUUCCUCUGGAUGAAGGCACCCAAAUGACUGUUGUACAAUACUUUUGGGACCGGUACAAGUAUAGACUGAAAUUCACCUCAUGGCCUUGUCUUCAGUCCGGCAGUGCUGCUCGUCCUAUAUAUUUGCCCAUGGAGGUGUGCACAAUUAUUAAAGGGCAGAGGUUCUCCAGGAAGCUUAACGAGAAACAAGUGACUGCCAUACUUAAAGCUACUUGUGAACGUCCCAAGGAGAGGGAGGAGAGUAUACUUAAGAUGGUUGACCACAACAACUAUGCAGCUGAUACGCUGGCACGGGAGUUUGGAGUUGAUGUUACCAAUAAAAUGGUGAAUGUGCAGGCUCGUUUGCUACCUCCACCCAUGCUCAAAUAUCAUGAUUCUGGAAGGGAGAAAUCUUGUGUACCAAGUGUUGGCCAAUGGAACAUGAUCAACAAGAAAAUGGUUGAUGGAGGAAAUGUUCAGAGCUGGACUUGCUUGAACUUUUCACGCAUGCCAGUUGAAGGGGUGCGUAUGUUUUGUGGCGACUUAGUCCAAAUGUGCAAUUCCAUCGGCAUGGUUUUCAAUCAAAUUCCAGUUGCAGAGAUCCGCUCAGCUUCUGCUAAUAACAUAGAAGGUGCUUUGAAGGAUGUACACCAGAGGGUCCCUAAGCUCCAGUUGCUUAUUGUGAUUCUCCCAGACAUUUCUGGCCAAUAUGGGAAAGUUAAGAAGGUGUGCGAAACUGAGCUUGGGAUAGUAUCUCAAUGUCUCAAGCCAGACAAGGUCAACAAAGCAAACAAGCAGUAUUUUGAAAACGUUGCGCUCAAAAUCAAUGUCAAGGUUGGAGGGAGAAAUACAGCUCUUCAGCAAGCUCUUUCACGCAAAAUGCCGUUUGUCAGCGACAUACCUACAAUCAUUUUUGGUGCUGAUGUAACACAUCCUGCAGCAGGGGAGGAUUCCUCUGGGUCGAUUGCAGCUGUGGUUGCCUCUAUGGACUGGCCUGCAAUCACAAAGUACAGAGCUGUGGUUUCUGCACAACCACCCAGGCAGGAGAUUAUUCAAGAUCUCUUCUGGACAACUACAGAUCCAGAGAAGGGCAUCAUGCCCGGUGGAAUGAUCAGGGAGUUACUGCUAGCAUUCUAUAGGCAGAACAACAAUAUAAAGCCCCAGAGGAUUAUAUUCUACAGGGACGGGGUCAGCGAAGGGCAGUUCGCUGAAGUUCUGAUGUAUGAAAUGGAUGCCAUCAGGAAGGCCUGUCAAUCUUUGCAGAAGGAUUAUCUGCCCAAAGUGACAUUUGUGGUUGUCCAGAAAAGGCACCACACAAGGCUCUUCCCUGAGGUGCACAUGAAGGAGACUGACAGAAGUGGGAACAUCCUUCCUGGAACCGUGGUGGACACGAAUAUAUGCCAUCCGACAGAGUUUGACUUCUACCUUUGUAGCCAUGCAGGGAUUCAGGGCACAAGCAGACCAGCUCACUACCAUGUUCUGUAUGACGAGAAUCGGUUCACUGCCGAUGGGCUACAGUCGCUCACGAACAACCUAUGCUACACAUACGCUCGCUGCACUCGCUCUGUGUCUGUUGUUCCUCCAGCCUACUACGCUCACCUGGCGGCGUUCCGUGCACGAUAUUAUGACGAGCCGUUGGAGGGCUCUGACAGCACCUCGGUCGUCAGCGCUGGGAGCCGGGCGGUGGCCGGAGCAACAGGCCCUCCUGUGGCGUACCGCAGGCUCCCCCAGAUCAAGGAGAACGUCAAGGACGUCAUGUUCUACUGCUGAAUUGGCCGUUGUUGGCAACUUCAUGGGACUCCUCAUUUUAGUUGUCCUGCUGCUUAAUUAGGUGGUACUUUUGUUGGCGACUUGUGUUUGUUGUGUUGAUGGAUCAUGCGUCAUGGAUAU